CAUAUUCUAUGUUUUUAUCUCUCUUCAAUUAACAAAGUACUUCCUGCUGAUGAAAAGCAAGUUCAUGGUCAUUGAGGGAAAGGGGUUUGCCCAUACCACCGUGACUCAUUUUCCAAUAGCAAGCUGCAGGUUCAGGAGUUUCCAGUGGUGUGACCCACACAUGAUGCAGGGGGUCCAGGAUAGUAUAUAGUGAAGGCAGGUAACAGAGCACAGCCACUGAACACCCUCAAGGCUGCAGGAGCAAACCCCUCGCCACAGAACCAAACCCAGGUGACACACGGAAGAAACACUCUUGAAAGAUGAUGGGCAAGACUGUAGCUGCUGUCAUGGCUCUUCUCCUGAUCUCAAUGGCUGGAGCAAAAGGUAUGGCUCAGCCACGUUCAGGGAUUGAACUCCGAUGCCAGUGCAUAGACACCCAUUCCAAGUUCAUCCAUCCCAAGUUCAUUCAAAAUGUGAACCUCACCCCUAGCGGACCUCACUGCCAGAAUGUUGAAGUCAUAGCUACUCUGAAAGAUGGCAGAGAAGUGUGUCUGGAUCCCACUGCUCCCUGGGUGAAGCUGAUCAUCAAGGCAAUUCUGGACAAGGCAGACACCAAGACUGAGACUGUGUCCUAAAGCAAAGAACAAAAAGAUCCUACCUCCUCCAGGCAGUCAAAAGUGGGAGACAUCGCCAUUCAGCUUCUGGCAGCUCACUUCUUCCUGCCUCCUA